AUGGAUCAAGGUGAUGAGGAAGGAAUGGUGCAACACAGUCCUCCAUUGGGCUCAAACGACAGUUCUGAAGGUAACAAUGUGAAGUCAACAGAGUAUGUGGCAAUAGCAGAGGAAGUACCUGAAAGCGGCAAUGACGAUGAAAAAGAGAAUGAGAAAGAGAAAAGCAAGGUGGAAUCAGAGGGAAAGAUGGAGUUCAGUGCCAAAAACAGGCUGAGGCAAAGAGUGACGAGGAACUCCGCUCUCUGCUAA